CUUUCGCCACUUUAGUUGAGUUACGAGUCUGGUGAAGAUCGGUCGCUUUCCCUUCCAAACUUCAAGAUGAUGCAGAGUGUGCUCCGGAGUACGGUUCAGCGGGCGGCGGCGGCCGUUAGCCGCAAGAGCCUGGUCCAGCCCGCGGCCAAGUUCUCGUCGACUUCGUUCGGCACGGCCCAAGGUCCGACCGGUCCGUUGACCUUCCUGAGCGAGGACGAGCUCAUGAUGAAGGAAACCGUUGCCAAGUUGGCCCAGGAGCAGAUCCUGCCGCUGGUCAAGAAAAUGGACGAAGAGCACCAGUUCGAUCCGAGUGUGGUGAAGGCGGUGUUCGACAAUGGGCUGAUGGGCGUUGAGGUUGGUGAGGAGUACGGUGGCAGUGGGUGCAACUUCAUGACCAUGAUGCUGGUCGUCGAGGAACUGUCCAAGGUGGAUCCGGCCGUGGCUGCCCUGGUUGAUAUUCACAACACGCUCGUCAACUCGCUCAUGAUCAAGUUGGGCACGGAAGAGCAGAAGAAGAAGUACCUGCCCAAGUUGUGCUCGGAGUACAGCGGUAGCUUUGCCCUGUCGGAACCCUCGGCCGGAUCGGAUGCGUUCGGUCUGAAGACGACGGCCAAGAAGGACGGCAAUCACUACAUCCUAAACGGUAGCAAAAUGUGGAUCUCCAACUCGGACAUGUCCGGAAUGUUCCUGAUCAUGGCCAACGCCAACCCAUCGGCCGGCUAUCGUGGCAUUACGACGUUCAUCGUUGACCGCGACAUGGAGGGCUUCACCGUGGGCAAGCGCGAGAACAAGCUCGGAAUCUGCGCGUCCGGAACGUGCCAACUGCAUCUGGACAACGUGCGCGUGCCCGAGGAGAACAUUCUGGGCGAGUUCGGCAAGGGUUACCAGUACGCGGCCGGAUUCCUCAACGAGGGUCGCAUCGGCAUCGGUGCCCAGAUGAUCGGCUGUGCCCAGGGUUGCCUGGACGCGACCAUCCCGUACCUGCUCGAGCGCAAGCAGUUCGGUUCGGACAUCUACUCGUUCCAGAGCAUGCAGCACCAGGUCGCCACGAUCGCCACCGAAAUCGAGGCCGCCCGACUUCUCGUCUACAACGCUGCCCGUCUGCAGGAGGCCAAGGUUCCCUUCCUCAAGCAGGCUGCCAUGGCCAAGCUGUACGCCUCGGAGGUCGCCCAACGCACCACCGUCAAGUGCAUCGACUGGAUGGGCGGCGUCGGCUUCACCAAGGACUUCCCCCAGGAGAAAUUCUACCGCGAUUGCAAGAUCGGUGCCAUCUACGAGGGAACCUCCAACAUGCAGCUCAGCACGAUCGCCAAGGUCAUGAAGAAGGAGUACCAAUCGUAAGAUCAUCCCACCCCUCAAAACCCAAGUCUUCCAGAGGAGUUUGGUUACGCAACGCUACCGCGAGUGUGCGUUUCAUAACUCAUCAGCUCACGCUCAACUGAAAAAAAAGAACCUGUGCAAACACAAACACACAACGAGAAAAAAAAGAACGCCUCGAUUUGGAGCUGAUAAACCAACACACAAAAAAAAACGAGCAUGUAGAGACGAGACGGACCGGACCGGACACAUCGUACGACUAACUCAGAAUAUUGCAUUUAAUUUUUUGUUCUCUUGAAAAAAAUGUGAACAGUGAUAACGACGUCAAGUUAGAUAAAUUGCAAAAAAAAAA